AUGGAGAAAACUACGGUGCUGAUCACAGGCUGCUCUUCAGGCAUCGGCCUGGGGCUGGCUGCGCGCCUGGCGGCCGACACCGCUCGCAGAUUCAAAGUAUACGCCACCAUGCGUGACCUGGCCAAGGGCGAGCAGCUGCUGGAGCGCCUUGGGGGCUGCUGCUCUGACACACUGGAGGUCCUGCAGCUUGAUGUCACUGACCCGUGCUCACUGGCAGCCGCUGCGCAGCGGGUGCAGGGGCAGCGGCUGGACGUGCUGGUCUGCAAUGCGGGGGUGGGACUGAUGGGCCCCCUGGAGACCUGCUCUGACCAAGCCAUGAAGACCAUCUUCGACGUGAACCUCUUUGGGGCCAUCCGCACCAUCCAGGCAUUCCUGCCCGCCAUGAAGCGCCGCAGGGCCGGGCGGAUCAUCGUCUCCAGCAGCAUCGGGGGGCUGCAAGGGCUGCCCUUCAACUCUGUGUACUGCGCCAGCAAGUUUGCGGUGGAGGGGCUGUGCGAGAGCCUGGCCAUCGUCCUGCGGCCCUUCAACAUCCACCUGACACUGGUGGAGUGUGGACCCGUCAACACCAGCUUCCUGGCCAACCUGCAGCGCCCGGACCCCGAGGGCAGCGAGCUGCAGGGCCUGGACGCCGAGACGCGUGGCCUCUACCACCGGUACCUGCGGCACUGCCAGAGCCUCUUCCACGACGCGGCCCAGGAGGUGGAAGAGGUCCUGCAGGUGUUCGUGGAGGCCAUCGGGACCCCCUGCCCUCCCCUGCGCUGCGUCACCACCCAGCUCUUUGCCCCGCUGUCGCGCCUGCGGCUGGCCAGCCCCGACGGCUCCGCGUACGUCCGGGCCAUGCACGACUUCGUGUUCGGCCGCGGUGAGGCCGGCGGGGACCAGCCCUGA